AAGAUGAACACCAGAAGCCCUUUUUUGGAGUUGAAAAAGUUACAGAAGAAAACAAAGAAAACUCCAAAACGGAAUCUGAAGAGAACAGCACAGAUGGCUCAUGUCAAAGCUCUCCAAGAGGAGUUUUAGAGAUUCCUACCUCAAGCAUUCAUUCUGACACUGCAAGCAGCAACGAUUCUUCUUCCUCCAUUGAUAGAUCUCUGAGUCCUGAAGGGACUGUGCUAGAAUGUCACAGCUCACAAUGGAGGAAUCUGAUCGGCGGGCUGUUGCAGAGGAAGAAGAGAAACAUCAUGAGGCUGUCGACCUUCCCGCCGGCCAUGAAAGCUUCGUGCUUGGAGAGGAAGUGCUUGGGAAUGUUUCAGAGCGGUGAAGAACAACCCAAGGGAGGAUUAGUUCAGCUGGAGAUUCCGAUGAGGAAGCCAUGUUGGAGGAAUUUCGACCUGCAGGAGCUUGUGGCGGCUACUGAUAACUUCAGUCAUGAGAAUUUAAUUGGAAAGGGAGGGCAUGCAGAGGUGUACAAAGGCCGUCUCCCUGACGGCCAAUUCGUGGCCGUCAAGAGGUUAACUAAGAAGGAGAAAGAAGAAGAGAGAACCGGUGAUUUCUUAUCGGAGCUCGGAAUCAUUGCCCAUGUGACUCACCCAAAUGCUGCACAACUAGUGGGAUUUGGUGUUGAGGGUGGCUUGCAUAUGGUUCUCCAAUUCUCUCCGCAUGGAAGCUUGGCUUCCGUACUUCACGGUAUAUUUUUUCAGUAAAGUAUUAAAAUAGUCCCUGAUUAUCUACAUAGGACAAUUUUAGUCACAAUAGUCUAUAAAAUUGUCAAAUUAGUACUCAAACUUUCUUAAUGGGGGCUAAAAUAGUCCUCCGUGGUGACUAUAUAUAAGGCCAUAUGGAAAGAGUCUAAGGACUAAAUUAACACUUUUAUAGACUCUGGAGCUAGCCAUUUUCAAAGAGUUGGGGAAUUAUUUUGACAGUUUUCUCUUUUUAGUAACUUGGUUCUCCUCUUUGCGCUUUUACUGAGAUAGAUAGCCUUUUAUUAUCUGUUCUUGUCUAGUCAUAGUUUAAUCAGACCUUAGAAUGAGAAAAUUCUAAUUGACAUAGCGAACUUGAGAAUCUUUGAAUUGAAUAACACAUUCUGAGUCUUAACUCAUAGGGUAUGGUCUACUGGUUUAAGCCAGUUGAGUCGAGCUUCAACUACUAGCUUGAGCUUGACUAAUUAAUUGAGUUUACGUUCAAACUUGAGCGUAAUUCUAUUAGAUUAAGUAGGCUCAUGAUUGACUUCUUUCUCAUGAAAGAGAUAUCAGCUUUUCUAAUAAAACGAUGAAAGGAAUGGCAAUGUAUAGGAUAGAUGAUAGGA